UUGCUUCAUAUUUACAUCUUCAACUUGGGUCUUGUGUUUUGUAGUGUUGUGUUCUCCAAGAUAUACACAAAGCAAAAUAUCUUUGUAUCUCUGUUUCUCUGUUUAUCAUAUAUGUUGCUCUGUUUUAUCGUGUGAAUUAAGUGGAUUUUGUGAAGAGGAGAUGAGUAGUGAAAGAAUGGCGAAUGAGGCGAAGAAUGAUGGGGUUGUGAGAUGGGAGAAAUUCUUGCCAAAAAUGGUGAUGAGGGUUUUGUUGGUUGAAUCGGAUGAUUGUACUCGCCAGAUUAUCACGGCGCUUUUGCGGAAAUGCAAUUACAAAGUUGCUGCUGUUGCCGAUGGCCUAAAAGCAUGGGAGAUACUGAAGGGAAGGCCACAAAGCAUCGAUCUUAUAUUGACAGAAGUGGAGUUGCCAUCUGUGUCUGGAUUUGCUCUGCUUACUUUAGUUGCAGAGCAUGAUGUCUGUAAAAAUAUUCCUGUAAUAAUGAUGUCUGCUCAGGAUUCAGUUAACACGGUCUAUAAGUGCAUGCUGAGAGGCGCUGCUGACUUUCUUGUCAAGCCCCUGAGGAAAAAUGAGCUUAAGAACUUGUGGCAGCAUGUUUGGAGAAGACAAGCUCAGUCUGCUAGUGAAACUCCCCAAGCUACAAGUGAUGCACAACACAAAGUCGAGGCCACAGCUGAGAACAAUGCUCCUAGUAAUCAUUCAAGUGGUUAUGAGGCGUGCAUCAAGAGAGAUCGUGAAUGCAUAGAGAAAGGAAGUGAUGCUCAGAGCUCAUGCGCAAAACCAGAUUUACAAGCUGAAGAAGCAAACUUGGGAUAUAAGCAGGACCUCACACAACAAAACCAGCACAAUUUUUUGUUAAGUGGUAUAAAGAGGCAGAAGUAUGACCAGUGUGUCAAAGAAAGUGCGCAGAUAGGGAUGCCUGACGGUGAAGCUUCUGGAUCACUAGCAGUUCCAUUGACCUCUUCGAAAGACAAUGUGGCUGCUGACGGCCAAUGGGAUCGUGCUAAUGUUAGUUCUGAAGCUUUUGAUAAGAACAAUGUUCCCUGCAACCCUUCUAGGGAAGCCAUUGAUUUGAUUGGAGCAUUUGAAAACUACCCUAAACUUAGUUACAGAAGCUUAGGUGCCACCUGUGGCACAAACAAGGUUGAUUCGUCCUCAUUGUUGGACCUUACCUUGAGAUCUUCCCACCCCAGUGGCUCAGUGAAUCAAGUUUUAGAUGAUGGGCAUAGGUUAAAACAAUCAGACGCCUCAGCCUUUUCACGGUAUGUAAGCAGACCGAUACAGCCCCUACACACAGCAUCUGCAAGCAUUUCUAAUCAACGGAAAGGUUAUGAGACCAGUUGUGAUAAACAGAAGUCAAAUCAAGCCUUGGAUCAUACCUCUGAUACUCUAGCACCUGCAGUAGGUUCUGAUAUCAAUAUUUUAUCUAGGACUAGCGGUCAAGUUAGACAAGCUGAAAUUCAAUUUCCCUGCCCUCAGCAUAAAGUAAUUCAAGUUCCAGCAAGAGGUGCAAAUCAUGAGAGUCUAUCCAAUGCCCAGAGUUCUGCAAUGCUUCCUCUGUUUAGUACUCAAUGGAGACGCCCACAAUUGCAGAAUCCAAAUUCAUACAUAAACCAGGAUCCCGCCUUUCAAGGGUAUCCAUUUGAUCCUCAAACCAGAAGCUCUCCACAGCUAUGCAAUGUGAUCGACGAAAACCUGCACAAGGCCUCCUCUGAUCAAAUGGAGCAUAAGCAAGGUCAUAAACCAGAUCAUUCAGAAGAUCAAGGACACUUUUCUUCAGCUACUGAUCAGAGUGGGAGUAGCAGCUUCUGUAACAGCACUUUAAAGCGUUUUAAUAGCAUAAACAGCGGAAACAUUGGCAAUGCUAAUUCAGUACCAAACAUGAAUUUUGGCCCAGAGUCUGGAAAUGAAGCUACCCUUACUCAGGAGGGAAGUGUUCAUCGUUCUAUGCAAAGAGAAGUUGCUUUAGCUAAAUUCCGCUUGAAACGAAAAGAUAGAUGCUUUGAAAAGAAGGUGAGGUAUGAAAGCCGGAAAAAACUUGCAGAGCAGCGCCCUCGAGUGAAAGGGCAGUUUGUUCGUCAGCUGCAGACAGGCAUCAAGCAAUAGAAUCUGAUAAUGACAUUGACAUCGACCACUCCUCAACCAUUAGUUAGGAACUUACAGUUUUUUUUAGCCUUAAUGCUUCGGAAGGCGCUGACACCUAUUACUUUUGUCACAGAUAUAACUAUGGUAGAUAGUUGUAAAUUGUAAUACAGCCAUGUAUACUUA